AUGGAAUCUCUCCUCCGCUGGGGCAUAACCAACUCCGCCGCGCCCUCCUCGUCCUCCGACCCAUCCGCACCUCCGCCCGCGCCGCGCCAAGAUCUCGACCCGGCCAUCAUCGACGCGAUCCUCGGCAAACCCGAUGCGGAGCUUAUGAAAGAGGCUUUGACGAGGGCGAGGGACGAGAGUCUGGAUGAGGAUGCGAGGGUGGAGGCGUUGGAUGAUCUCGAGAUGUUGGUCGAACAUAUUGAUAACGCUACGGAUCUCGAGCGUCUGCAGAUGUGGCCGCCUAUUCACGACCUCAUAUCCUCCCCUACGUCUUCGGACGCGAUCAAGACGCAAGCAGUCUGGGUAGCGGGCACAGCCGUCCAAAACAACCCCAAAGCGCAACACGCCUACCUCUCCCUCUCCCCCCUCCCAACCCUCCUCGCCCUCCUCACCCCCACCACAUCCCGCUCCCCCGCCCUCCGCUCCAAAACCGUCUACGCCCUCUCCGGCCUCCUCAAACACAACGCGCGCGCCGUCAAAUCGCUCUCGUCGACCGCGCCCAACGGGUGGACAGUCCUCCGCGACGGCCUGCACGACAGCGACAUCUCCGUGCGCCGCAAGAUCGCCUUCUUGCUCAACGGGCUGCUGUUGCCUUCGGCCGAGGUUCCCGUGGAAGCGCCGGGUAAUGUGCAUGGUGCAGCAGCGGGGAGCACGCAUCCGGGCGAGGGGGCGCAGACGGUGCACGAUAACACGCACGCGUCGAUGCUGGCUGAUCCGGCGUCGACGGAUACGGCGGCGACGACGUUGGAGGCGCUCGGGGAGCACGGGAUAGUGGGUGCGCUGGUCAACGCGCUGACGAGCCCGGUGCCGCAUGGGGACGACGGGGAGGAGGAGGGGGAUGUGGAUUUGGAGGAGAAGAUCGUUAGAGUGCUGCACACGUUUGUGGCGGCGCAGAAGGGGGAUGUUGGGGAGGGGGAUAGGGAGAAGCUUAGGGCGUUCUUUGGGAGGAGGGCGGGUGAGGUGUUUGGGCUUGAUGAGAGUGAGUUUGGGGAGUUGAGUGAGGCUGUCAAGGCUUGA